GUAACAUAACCUCACAUCUUAACUAGAUUUACGAUUUAUAAGAGUUCUUAUUGAAAAAGUUGUUAUUCUAAAUGUGCGACAUGCCAUCAUCUACAAGUACCGACGAACCCAUUAUUUCAAAAGUGAACACAUGCUUCAAAAAUGAUAUUAUUAAAGAGGUGCUCAAAUCAAAUUUCGUAAACCCCAGAACAAAAAUAUCCGACGAUUCUGUAGACUUAGUGACUGAAUUGAGUAAAUAUAUAGUAGUAGAAAGCUGCCUCAGAGCAGCCAAACAGUGUUCCACCCAAAACAGAACUACUGUUACUUUAAAUGAUAUGGAAAGCGUUCUUCCGCAAAUCAUGUUGGAUUUUCCAUAAAUAAGUUUAAAACAAGUCCAUAUCAUUUGAACAAUUUAUAUCAAGAAAAUCAUCGUCAUAAGUCUCACACUUCCUUCUGUCAUCAAUUCCAUUACCCCCAUCCAUGCCAUCGCCGCUGUUCUCAUGUCCACCAUCUGUUUCAGGCGUUGGUGGUGGAUUAAUUACAUCCCUCUCAUCAGUCUCUUUUCUUACGCGAUUAUUUUCCUUAGCUAAUAAUUCAGCUCUUGUUAAUAAAUCAGGCAAAAGUUUGUUUUUCGAAGCAGCAAUUUCAUCUUUAAGUUUCUUCAGUUUCUUUUUUUGUUUCUUCUUCAUCAUAAUCUUCGAUUUCUCCUUCUCGUCAUCAAAAAUGUUGUUUUUUUGCUCCUGUGUUAAAUCGUUGUCAUGCCUGACUAGAAAAAGGAAUACGCCCCCUGGAGUUCUACGUCUGGUUUGGUUCUAAUUUAAGUGGUUUAUUUUAAUGUAAUAAAGCAGAAACACAAUAAAAUCUUACCAUAA